CCGUAACAACUACAUUUGCAUUUGUAACUUCACGUCUGAGAGAGAUGGGCUGCUAGAUUUUCGGUAAUUUUGAUCUAGAUCUACUAGGAAUAGGGAUCUGUCAACUGCAUCACUAGGACGAAUAGGAGACGAGUCUUAAGUUAUAAAGCCAGACGAGGAUGGAUUCUAUCUUCCAUGAAAAGCAAGAGGGCUCUCUAUGUGCCCAACAUUGUCUGAAUUCAUUAUUACAAGGUUCAUAUUUCAGUGCAGUAGAUCUUGCUACCAUUGCCCAGGAGCUUGAUGAUGUUGAAGGGGCUCACAUGGCUGAAGGAGGAGUAGACUCAGUGGAAUACCUCAGGUUUCAAGAACAACCAUCUUCAAAUAUGGAUGAUAGUGGUUUCUUUUCUGUGCAAGUCAUCAGCAAGGCUCUAUCUGUUUGGGGAUUGGUCAGUAUUCCUAUCGGUAGUUCAGAGGCUGGUUCCGCUUCAGUUUUUCCUGAGAGAGAAUGUGCCUUCAUAUGUAAUUUCCGGGAGCACUGGCUGACUAUUAGAAAGCUUGGGGACCAGUGGUUUAAUCUAAAUUCUCUGUUGACGGGUCCAGAGCUUAUAUCACAUACAUAUUUAAGCAUGUUCCUUGCGCAGCUUCAGAAGGAGGGGUAUUCUAUAUUUGUGAUCCGUGGUAGUCUACCAGAAUGUGAAGCAGACCAGCUGUUACGCCUGAUACCUGCCGUUCAGACUCAGCCACCAAAGCUUCUCUCGGACCUUGUCCAGUCAUCAAACCAGAGGGUUUCCACCGGUGCAGGGGUGACCCAGGAUGACCUCCAGAGGGCGCUUAACGAAAGCAGGAAUUUAAUAUCCGGUGACAAAGCAGAGGAUGAUCUGCAAGCUGCUAUUCAACUGAGUCUUCAAGGUACAGAGAAACAAGUUCCUGAAGCAAGCAAACCUGUCGAUGUUGAUGAAGUGAGGAGGAGGAGAGAAGCUUUUUUUAACAGACAAGCCCAAGGUCCAACGCAAUCAUCAGGUGAAAGCAACCAGUCCUCAUCCUCAGAAGUGCCUUUGCCACCUGGGAAUAGAACAGCCAAAGACAGACUUGAAAGCAAUACUAACAACUCAGCUCAGACAUCUAGCCCAUCCUGUAAAGCCGUUGCCGAACAGGAAACCGGAGAGAUGGACAGUGAUAUGACCGAAUCCGCUAUGCUUGAAGCUGCAAUCAAAAUGUCGAUAGAAUCUGUGGAACAGAAAACGUGAGAAGCAUUGAAGCAGCUGUGUCAGGAAUUUGAUUAAUCUUGUUGUGAUGUUACUUAAAAUGACUGAAAAUUCAGAUGUCAGCAGUAGAAGCAGGUAGAGGCCAGAUCAUACAAACCAUAUUGUGAUGGAUAAUCCUGCCAGGAAAUUGAGUUGGUCGUGUACAUGUAUUUUCUGUGUCACAAUUUGACGAUGAUAUGAUUUUAGUCAUUAUGUAGGAAGUUAUCAUUAUUGCUGACUGGAAAUGGAAAGAUGUUGACACAGAGGUGUGUGAAUCAGAGGAUAAUUCGCCUAAAUAUUUUCUUUCAUUUAUCCAAGUUGAUCGAUCUCCCCUAAAAUUUACAAAUAGCUAUAAAGAAGAAAGGUAAUUUUUUUUCAGGGGGCUAUUUGAUUUAUUUCAAGGGUUUCUUUUUUUGUGCAGUGCACAAUUAUCAUUCUGCUGUAGUAUGUAGAAUAUUGAUUUUCUCACUAUUAUUGAAUAUUAUGUGUGGGAGAUC